AUGCCUAUGGAACUGGCCCCUAUCGGCCCCCUUCUCCUCAAUAUAUCCCCUCAACCUGGCUAUGGGUUCUCUCCUCAACAACCUGCUUAUCCUCCCGGCCCUUACGAACAUCAACACCCGCCGUCAAACCCUACAUACGGGUCACCAUUCCCUGGCCAAGCAUAUCCGCCUCCCUAUGCGCCAGCAGAUCCAGGACGUCAUCCAGGACCACCAUACCAGCCACCUUAUAGCGGACCAAGCCAUCCACCUGGACCGUACAACCCCUCUUACCCACCUGCUGCGCAUCACCCUAGGCCCCCAGCUGGUGCCCAUAAGCCCAACCAGGGCAGUCAGUCGUUUGGUCUGUACCAAACGCAUCUGGAUGAGGUUGCCAAAAAUGCCCGAAGUGUCUGGAAUGGCACGUCUGGUAUCAAAGAUCUCCCUCACAACGUACGAGCACACGUUGUAAUCCACCAUGUUACCACUCGGUUUGUUGAUAAAUUCGGCCAAGAGCCAGCACUGACUCUUUUCUCUGAUGGAUUGAAUUCCCACCCUCAAAUGAAGCCGAUCAGAAAUCUCAGUGGUUUAAUUUGCAAGGCAUGUGCUGACAUGUCUAGCUCACGUCGUUCUCGCCAAUACGAAUCUCGAAAUGAUCGAAAAAUGUAUCAUCUUCCCGCUCUGUUCGGUCAUUUCCAGUCUGUACAUACCGAUGCCACAGCACCUGAUGGCACGCAGCCUGACUGGAAAGUACAUAUGCUGUUGUUGCCAGACAAUAGCGUUAUAUCGUCCCUAGGUCAAGCCCCAGGCAUGGACCAAGCAAAGUUCCACCUGAUCACGUCUGCAUUCCCUUGGGUAUUUUCUCCUAUCGCUGCACCAAUUGUCCCAGCGUCAGUUAAAGCUAUAAGCAAACCAAGUCUCCAUAGCACGUUUGAAGCAAAAGCCAGUGAGCAUGCAAAAUAUCCUGGGGGCCAUGGUGCUAAGAAGUCAGCCAGCCAUCAUCCAGUCCUCGAGGUCGCCGUUGAUAACUUCCCGAAAUUCGUUGAAUCUGCUGAUGAUCAAAAACAGUUCGAACCUCCUCGGGAAGAUGAAUAUGACCCGCACCGACCAGCUUUUAUUGAACAUGUAGAUGCUUAUCCCCGAGGUCCUCGCGGCAAUGCUAGAUCUUCAGCUCCGCCUCGCGAGAAGCUUCAUGGGAAGUCCCGUGUGAUGGAGUCGAUCCCUAAAGAAGAUACUGAAAUGCAAGUAGAAAAUAGGCGCCCCCGACAACAGCCAAAACCUUCAGCUACUCGCGGCCCCGGAAAAGAACGGGCGUCUAAACCUGGAGCCGCCGAUAUUGCAGCUUCAACAGCUGGUGGUGGGCCUUCGCAAUCUAGCACAAAUCGCCCUACAAGCCGAAACGUUUCGGAAGAUGGUGAAGUUGUUGAAUCUAACGAACAAAGGCCUGACGAAGCGCCUUCCCCCACAGAGGAGAUGAAUGCUGCCGAACAUUUUUUGAACAACUUUGUGCCAGGACAGGAUCAGGGAGAUUUCGGAAAGACUUCUCGAGGAUCUAACCCGCAAACACAUUCAGAGUCUAGAAGUAAAUGGUCUAAAAAUACUGCAGCGGAUGAGCGGGAAUGGCGCAUGUCAUCCAACCCUCACACUGGUGCUGAAACUGGCCACGGAAGUCAAUCAGGCCGAGGUGGGAAGCAUAAUGGAUGGGCAGGGCGAGGCAAGAGCCCUGCUGUCAGCCGUGAAUAUCGCGAGUUUGACCCGAGAGGUGACGGAUACGAGUUGCAGAGCGGCCCGCCCUCAGUUCGUGGAGAUGUGUUGACACCCGAUCAAACUGAAGGCCGAGGUCGAGGCCGGCUAGCUGCUGCUGAAGCGAAAGGUGGGCCAGAGGCCCGAGCCGGGCGGUCGCAUAAUAGAUUUGAUCGAUACGAGGCUCAAAGACAAGAAUCUCUUCGUCCUCGCUCACGAUCACCGCAACCCCAGGAACGUGCUCAGGUAGAGUACUACCGUAACCGGAGUCCGAGAGCAAGACAGAGAGCUCCCGCGCUCGCAUCUUCCCAUCCACCGGAAACUUAUAUUGAGCGCAUUCCGCUUGACCACCCUUCCUUCGCCAGAGCACCGCCACAGGGCCAAUAUCGUUACGUUGAAGAGUAUAUUGAGCCACCGUACGACGGUGCGGUAGAGUACGUUCCCGUGCGGGUUACAGCUCGUGAUCCGCAGAACGCAGGACAGUACUACAUCGAACGCCCCGUCCACCGUGGCAUUCCACCAGAAUACGUCGACUAUGAUAUGGAAUAUUCUCGACACCCUGUCAUCGAGCAGACUCCACAUUAUUACCCUGGGCCAGGAGCUCGAGAUAUUCCUGACGGCCAUCCAAUCGGUCCCCGCCGUGCUAGGUAUAGGUAA